ACCAAAUCUACCGGCUGCAAAUACAAACACCUCAAUUAUAGGAGUGCAUAGCCCACAUUAUAUUGAAGGCUAACUCGCACGCCCGCCACACACACACACACACUCACACGGGACCACACAUGAGUCAUGCGCGCUCCUGGCUGUGAUUUACGCUCGACAAAUUCAUUUUAAUGCGCUCGGUAUUAUCUGCAAAGCGCCGGGAAUAUGUUUUAUUAUUCGGUGGCCUCUAGUGGUGCAGCAGCAACCCCCCCCUCCGGGAGAGCGCGUGUGCGUGCGUGCGUGUGUGUGUGUUUGAGAGAGCUGCUGGGUUUUAUGGGCCCAACAACAGACGGAGGAAGACACACAGGGAGAGAAAGAAUCAAUUUAACGCGCCGAGGAUUCCGGUGUGAUUGCGCAAUCUCACCGGGAACCGGAGGAAGAUUAGAAAGAGACUGAAUGAGAAUUAAAAAGAGAGAGCGGGAGAUUGAAGAAGGGAAAUAGGAAAAGGAGAGCGGUUGUGGUGGAGCUGUGGGGGGGUCACAGUGGUUCCCAGACCCCCUCCCUCCUCAUCCUCUUCCUCUCUCCAACGAAAGGAAAAGGGGCGAACGAAUGCCAGGCACGGAGGCUUCCCAUUGGUCAGCGGGAGGUCAGCUGGUCUCUGCCUCCCCCCUCACCCCCCUCAUCACCCUAUCCCGUUUUCUACACACACACACACUCGCUCACCCCCUCCCCUCUCUCUCUCUCUCCGUCCCACACUGGCACUCAGCCACCCCGGUACCCCCCACCCUCACCCUCCUCACCCCCUCCUCCCAAUCUGCGAUAAACUAAGUGAUAGCAGCAGCCCGUCGGACUGUCGGCUAUAAAACACAACAAAUCAUAAAGUGCAGGCAGGGGAAGGCAGAGGAAGGAGGACGGGAGGGAGAACCGUUAGCCGUCAGCCUCCGUCUACUCCCCCUUCUUCUUCUUCUUCAUCGUGAACGUUGUUGUUGUGUUUGUUUCGUGCCCUCCUGUCCUCCCCUCUCCUCUUCUUCUUCUCUUCUCUUCUUCACCUCUCCUGCUUUCUCUCGAUGAGUUCCUAUUUUGUCAACUCCUCUUUCCCGGUGACGCUACCGGGAACGGGUGGCGGAGGGCAGGCGGCGGCGGCGGCGGCGGCGGCAGAGUCGUUCCUGGGUCAGAUCCCGCUGUACUCGUCGGGAUACGCCGCCGACCACCCGCUCAGGCACUACCCGGGGGCAGCCGCCGUCACCGCCGCCGCGGCCAUGGCAUACAGCGCCAGCGGGGGCGGCGUGCACCAGGACAAACCGUACCCGGGGUCCACCUACUACCAGCAGGCGACCAACGGAGCGUACGGCGGGCACCGUGCGGCGGCGGCAGCGGCCGGGGUCGGUGUAGGGGGCGCGACCGGAGCCGGUGCCUGCGAUUACGCCACGGCGGCAGCGGCGGCAGCAGCGGCAGCCACGAGCUUCUACCGGGACAAGGAGCACCCGUGCAGUCUGGAGGAGCACCAGCUCGUGUUAAGCCAGGACGGCAUGCACCGUAAAGCGGAGUGCGCGGGGCUCGGUGGGAAGGGGCUGUUCGGUGAGACGAUGGACGACAAAGCGUCGUCAGCUCCCAUUUAUCCGUGGAUGCAGCGGAUGAACGCGUGUAACGGGACCUUCGGCAGCCCCGGGAGACGCGGACGGCAGACGUACACGCGCUACCAGACGCUCGAGCUCGAGAAGGAGUUCCACUUCAACCGGUACCUCACGCGGCGGCGGCGGAUCGAGAUCGCGCACGCGCUCUGCCUGACGGAGCGACAGAUCAAGAUCUGGUUCCAGAACCGGAGGAUGAAGUGGAAGAAGGAGAACAAGCUGAUCAACUCCUCUUCCUCCUCGUCCUCUUCCUCCUCGUCCACGGUGAACGGUGCAGAUGAAGAGGAGAAACGGACGGAGUGAAUUCACAGAAUAACGGAAAGAAAAGGGAAAAAUAAACUCACGUUCAACAGAAAAGGAGGAAGAGGAGGGUGGAGGAAAAGACAUGCUGGUUAUUCCCUUCCCCUUCCCGUCUCAAAGUUCGUCCAGACGGUUUUCUGGUGUAAAAACUCUGGGAAAUGUCGCUGUACAUUUUCUUUCUUUCUUUCAUUUUUACCUGAGCAGGGUGGACUCGUUCAGAAAGAAGGACACGAUCAGAUCACCUGCUUCUGUAGGCUGCUCUGAUAACUGGACAGAAUCAUUUGGACUGCAGAGAAAGAACCGUGUAACUGUGGGAUUUCUUCAUUAAAAUGGAGAAACAAAACAUGAUAAGGGGUGUUUAAACACAGCCUCAGUAAAUAAGUAAUCCACCACCCAACGGUGACGAGCUGCAUUCCAACAACACUACCCAACUUCUUCUCCUACCGAGAUCUCCUUUCUUAUUUUUGUUAAAUGUACUUCCUAUGUGUCAGGCACUUGUUUCGGAGCUUUAGGACUUGAUUUUCCUCCCUGUUAUUUUUCUAAAUGUGCUGUGUGUGUAUUUUAAUUUCACUCUCUGGAAAACACACACGCGCAACACGACGCGGGGAGGAAAACGCCUAUUGGAGAAGUGUAACUAUGUCAUAUUGUGUUCAUAUUUAAACUGUAUAGAAAUAAGCAAGAGGGGGUAAAAAUAAAAAAAUAAAAAUACCACCUUGUAGGGUGAGGGUAAUUAGCGGGUGGGGGUAAUUUAACCUUUCCAGCUGUUUUCCAGUAUAGAGGUGGGGGGUGGGGGUGUUAUCCUACUGAUGUUAUUCUGCAAACUACCUAAAAACGUUCAGGAAAGUGUAUAUUUUAUGGAUUUUUACAUUGUUUGUUUAUGUUAGUCUUUUUUGUCAAGUAAUUGCAUAUACUACCUAUGAGAAAUGUUCAAUAAAAUGUAAAGAAACGGAAA